GAGAGAGAGAGAGAGAGGGAGGAAGAGAUACAUAGAGCGGCAAGAGAAGGGAGAAACGGCGCGGGGACUGGGGGAUGAUUGCCGCAGACGGAGGGGGAAGACAAGAAAGUCGGAUGAAUCAAUGACCUUUUGAACGCUCUUCCUCUGGAUGUCCCGGUGCAGAAGCGGGCCGGAGAGCUUACAUUCGGGCCAGAAGGACUUGAAAUGUGGAUUUUGAAGGAAGUCUGUGCUCAACGGCGAGUUUGAAACAAGGGGAUGUCAUUUUUUCGUCUUACGUCGGAGGGCAGUGGAUCAUGAAAAUAUAUCCCCACCCAACUGUGCGAGGGCUACACACGUACUGCUCCCGUUGAGUGCUCCAAGUCAACCUCUCAGGUCAGAUCCCUCACCGUCCAGCUAACUGUACUGGUCUGUUAUCCGACGGGACUCACUUGAAAGUAGCCGCCUUCAGACUAUCGACACUGGUGUCAGCCCACCGCUGCCAUCACGUGGAGGGCACUCAGCACACACUGAAACUCUUAACUUCUCAGUUGGAUUGAAAACCACUUCUAGUUUCUCUCACAAGAGAAGUCUUGUUUUCUUCUUCUAAUAAAGUCUUUAUGCACAGCGAACAAGAUGGGGAAAAUGCUCUCGAAGAUCUUUGGCAACAAGGAGAUGAGAAUAUUGAUGCUUGGACUUGACGCGGCUGGUAAAACCACCAUCCUGUACAAGCUGAAGCUGGGACAGUCGGUCACCACCAUCCCCACCGUCGGCUUCAACGUGGAGACCGUCACCUAUAAGAAUGUGAAGUUCAACGUGUGGGAUGUGGGGGGGCAGGACAAGAUCCGGCCACUUUGGAGACAUUACUACACAGGCACCCAGGGCCUGAUUUUCGUGGUGGACUGUGCCGACAGGGACAGGAUCGAUGAGGCGAAGCAGGAGCUCCACCGAAUCAUCAACGACCGGGAGAUGAGGGACGCCAUCAUCCUGAUCUUCGCUAACAAACAGGACCUGCCCGAUGCCAUGAAACCCCACGAGAUCCAGGAGAAGCUAGGCCUGACCCGGAUCAGGGAUAGGAAUUGGUACGUUCAGCCCUCGUGUGCGACAUCGGGGGAUGGACUAUACGAGGGCUUGACCUGGCUUACCUCAAAUUACAAAUCUUAAUGUUUCUCACUUCACCAGCCUGGACACUUGGAGACAAAAAAGUAGCUGAGAAUUCAAAAAAAAUGCAAUCUGAAGCAAUUAAUACCACGACCUCUCUGCUGAGCGUAUGUCGAAGAGAGUAAAAAUUCUAUUUUGUUUUCUUUUUCUUUUUGAUAAUGACUUCAAUAUAACCCCAGAUUUCAUUUACACAAAAUACAAUUUAUUUUUUUGGGCUGGCUUACUUUUUCUAGUAGUUUGCUGUAGGUUCACAUUCUGCAUAUUCAGUACUGUUUAAAUAUACCAUACUCUUAGUUUUUGAGCUCUUCUUUGGUUUUCCUGCUUUUUGUGUCAUUUCUUGGAGGGCACUUUGGGGACACACACUUGUACUUUUGCCCCCUGCUUAGCUUUCAUUCAGUAUUCUCAUGACCCAGCUACAUGUCCAAAGGAUGGGAAAGUCCAGAAACCAUUUGCCUACAUCAGCAUAUCAAUUUCACGACUCAAACUGCCUCGGCCAUUUGUAAGAAUGUGUAUUAUGGAUGUGUUAGGACCUUUUU